AUGAUGAGCACCUGAAGUCGCCAUGUCUUAUUGUUAUUAUUAUUGAGUUUUGAACACCGAAGACACAUGAUAAGUCGAGAAGGAUGUAGUUUCAUUCUGUGGUAAACUGCAAUGCCAUCGUAGAACAAGUUCUACUACAGUCAGCUGCUUAUACAAAACGAAAGCUUCUAUGUCCCAUCGCUCCGUUACUCGACAAUGUCUGGUAAAGACGUCGUCAAGUGCAGCACUAGACGUCUGCAACGAUGACUAGUAGACUACAAAAAUAUUUGACGCCCUUUAUACUUUGUGAAAAGUGACAUAGUCACGUGUUACGUGUUACUACACUGUGACGUUGUCACGCUACCUUCCAUUCAUCCUCAAGUUCAGCGACCUCGACACGGCGGAAGAUUUCUAGACGGCAAAAUGGGUUCAACAAGGCUCUACUCCAAAGGACGCGUCCUCAGCCACAAGCGUGCUAAGCGCAACACUCGCCCCAACACCUCCCUCAUCCAGAUCGAGGGUGUCACAACGAAGGAGGAUGCCCAGUUCUACCUCGGCAAGCGUGUAGCAUACGUCUACAAGGCUAAGAGGGAGAUACAGGGAUCGAAGGUUCGUGUAAUUUGGGGUCGUGUCACCCGUCCGCACGGCAACUCCGGCGUUGUGAAAUCAAAAUUCAGAUCUAACCUUCCUCCACGCGCAUUCGGUGAAAGCGUCCGCAUUAUGCUGUACCCCUCGACAGUUUGAUUGUACCACCCUCCUGCUUCGCAUCUUACGUAUUCAUAUUGCGUAUGACAUGUCAUAUGAGCCGCAUGCACACUAUAAAACGCAUCCAAAGACACGUCUGAUUGGAAUUUUAAGUUACAAACGGCUCCUAACCUACCCUUUUACUUUUUCUACAGCAUGAAACGUUAUCAAAUGUGUGGACGUCCGUAAAUUCAUGUUGUUGAACCGAUGGUUCCUACUG